CAAUUAACCUACGAUCUUCCAACCGAUCCAAGAUUUAAACGAAGUUGUGUAACAACAGUGAUUCAUACGCCUCUAACAACAGGGCAUCACAACGUUAGCUGAUAUCUUUCCUCCAGUCAAGUUUCCAUAUAAAAAAUAUUACAUCGAUCUACAUUUUCCAUAUCUUUCGAAUAACAGACCAUGCAGACGCUGCAACGGCGGUCAGGGUGCCGAGCAUUUGGCGCCGCGAAUGUUCGUCAGCUUCGCAGAGCGCAUGCAUGCUACGCACAGAGCCCCACGGUUGUGGUGACUCAGGCAGCGUCGCAUGCAAGAUUGGAUAGCUUGCCAACCUUGCCACCCCUUGACGGAGCAUAUGAAACUGCUAUGGCGUUUACUGAUUUUGCCAACUGGCUCAUACCGGGCAGCGUCAUGCUGGGACGGUAUCCAUACGUGGAGCCUAGCCGAUGCUUACGCCGCGAGCAAGGGGAGCAACAGCUUCAGCGUAUUUUGGAGACUGGUGUGACAACGUUCGUGAGUCUGCAGGCGGAGCUGCCGCCGCAGGAGAAAAUGACGCUAGCCGGAAAGAACGGGUUCUUGCCGUACAAGGCUACGGCAGACCUGAUCCGCUCGUCACUCAACGGGCCGCCACCAAUGGAGAUUGUGGAAGGGCUCCGAAACCCAAUGCUGGAUAAAUUCCUCCCAGCACGAAAGCGCCAAGGCGGUGUGCCGUACAACCCCGUAACGCUGCAAUUCAUCCACUUCCCCAUCGUGGACCUGGGUCUACCCCGCAGCUCGGAGUUGCCGAAGCUCAUUUCGGACAUGGAGCAGCGGCUAGCAGUGGGUGAGAAGCUGUACGUGCACUGCUGGGGAGGUCGCGGCCGGGCGGGCACCGUGGGCGCUUGCCUCCUGGCUCAGCUGUACCGCCUUUCGGCGGAGGAGUCUCUGGAGCGGGUGCAGAGGGCGUUCGACACACGUCAAGACGGGGGCCGGCGCAGCCCAGAGACGGAGGAGCAGCCUUCAAACCGGGCGGUCGUCGUAUACCAAACAUUGGCAUCCUUUGGCGCCGGGUUUUGCACGUUGCCGCUAUCCAUAGACACGAUUAACAAACGAGUAAUCAACUCGGAGUAUGCUGUGCGUGGCGAGAUUGUCCAGCUAGCGCAAAAAAUUGCGCGCGACCUGGAGGAAGGGAAGGGCAGCCACCCCUUCGAUAAGGUGGUGUGGUGCAACAUCGGGAACCCGCAGAUCCUGGGUCAGAAGCCCAUCACCUACUUCCGACAAGUGCUGGCGCUUUGCGAAUGCCCUCAGCUGCUGGACCACCCCCAAAUCCGGGAGCUCUUCCCGGAUGACGUCAUCGCGCGGGCCCAGCUGCUGGUUAAAGCCAUCCCUGGAGGUCUGGGGGCCUACAGCGACUCAGCGGGCGCUCUGAUUCUUCGGCAGCUGGUCGCCAGGUCCAUCGCCAGGCGCGACGGCUACCCAGCCAGCCCAGAAAACAUCUACAUGACGGAUGGCGCCUCACCUGCCGUACAUUACAUGAUGGACUUGCUGCUCCGGGAGCCCACGGACAGCAUGAUGGUGCCCAUUCCGCAGUACCCGUUGUACAGCGCCACGCUGACACUGUACGGCGGUCGGUUGGUGCCGUACCUUCUGGACGAGGCCGCGGGCUGGGGGCUCGAUGUGGCCCAUCUUCGCGAGCAAAUCAGUACGGCACGUGCGUCCGGGCUGUGUGUACGAGCCGUGGUGGUGAUCAACCCUGGUAACCCGACCGGGCAAUGUCUGUCGUACCAGAACAUGCGUGACAUUUUGUCGUUCUGUCGGGAGGAGCAGCUGGUCCUGAUCGCGGAUGAGGUUUACCAGGCCAACAUCUACGUAGGCAACAAGGAGUUCUUUUCGUUCAAGAAGGUGGCUUGUGACAUGGGGCUGCUGGAGGACGUGCCGCUGGUGUCCCUUCACUCCAUAUCCAAAGGUUUUGUCGGCGAGUGCGGUCGACGAGGCGGCUACAUGGAGGUGACGGGGUUCCCCGCGGAGGUGAAGGACCAGAUCCUGAAGCUGGCCUCCAUCAACUUGUGUCCCAACCUGUCGGGACAGAUCUGCUGUGCGCUCAUGAUGAACCCGCCGCAGGUCGGCGAGGCCUCCUACGAGCAGUACCGGGCGGAGAAGAGCGCCAUCCUGGGCUCCCUCAAGCGCCGUGCCGAGUUGCUGGUGGGGGCGCUGAACCAGCUGGAGGGGGUGACCUGCAACGCCGCGGAGGGAGCUCUGUACGCCUUUCCCAAGGUCACACUGCCUGAGGCUGCCGUACAGGCUGCCAAGCAGCUCGGCAAGCAGCCCGACUGGCUGUAUUGCAAGGAGCUGUUGGAGUCCACCGGCAUCGUGGUGGUCCCCGGGUCCGGCUUUGGCCAGGCGGACGGCACCUUCCACUUCCGGACCACCUUCCUACCGUCCGAGGAGGACAUUGGCCGAGUGGUGCAGGCGCUGGGGGACUUCCAUGCCGGCUUCCUUAAAAACGGCGGCUGCGAAUGGAAGCAACGGCCACUGAUCAUCAUUGUGCCGCUGGCUCGGCAGGAGGCAACGGCAGCUGUGGUGGUGGCGGUGGCGGGUGGUGAGGGUGCAAGCCGUGUACCAGAUGGCCAUCUGUCCCCACCACCACAACCGGCGGAAGGAGCUGAGGGGGCUCCAGGCACGGGGGAUACAACGAUAGACAAAACCCUCAAAGCAGCCAUGAACUGA